CUGCGUCCCACAGACACACCCACGUUCUCUAGCCAUGUCCGUCGCAGCUGCUCCACCGCCAUUCAAUACCCACCAGCAGUCUAUGGACUGGCCGGGUCGCGACGCCUUGCUCAGCAGGACGAUUCUAAUUAGUGGCCUCUCGAAAGAUGAAUCUUCGCUUAAGAUGCUAUUCGGCUCGCUCGGCCGGAUUGAGUCGCUUCUAUACAGCCCUGCCGGAGACUCCCCCCUGCUGCCCAUUGGCCAUGCUUCGAUUGUCUUUUCAACACCAGAAGAAGCCACAUGGGCGCUUCGCUUGAAUGGCUGCGUAGGCUGGGGCGCCCAAAUCUGGCUGCUGCCACGGUGAACGGAGGCGGCGUGUAUGCGGCUGCUGCUGCACGGGUCCCGCCCAUGAUCGACGGCGCACGCCGUGCCAGCCCCUUCAGCGUUCCUCGCGAAAAGACUGGCGCCGACAUGGGCCAAGCACCCAGUCACAAGAAUCUCUAUGUCCUCAACCUCCCUUUGGAUGCCACGACGGAUCAGCUUGCUGCUUUGUUUUCCGGCUACGGUACCGUCGUCCACUGUGUCAUACUCGCAAUGCUCGAUGCUCAGGCCCGUCGCAGGGGUUUUAUCGACAUGAACGCACCCGCCGAGGCCAAGGCUGCUAUUGAGAGCCUGAACGGCUUUGUCUGGAAGGGCUACCCUAUUGAGGUUUCUUAUGCAAUCGUGCAACGAAGCGGCGGGCCCUUUGACCACACCACCGGCCGCAACCUUCCCAAGCGAAACGUUCCUCGCAACCGCUUCAACACUGGUCCUCGACGCAUUACGCAAGAGCAAGGCUCGCCGGGCUACUUUGAGGCAUCAUUACACGGUUCGCAAGCCUUCGGUAUUGCUGCCUCAGGGUUUAUCAGCCCAACCAGGUCGGAUAACGAAUCUUUUGGAGGAUCCGAAGUCAGCUCUCUCGCCUAUGACUUGUGCACACUCUUUGUUUCAGGUCUGGACCCCGUUGCUAUCCUCGACGACGAAGACUUCAAGCGUGUGCUCGAGCCGUACGGCCGCGUCACUGCCGUCUCUCUCUCGCGUGAUGAACGCGGCAUCUCUCGCGGCUUUGGCAUUGUCACCUUUGCCACAGAAGGGGAAGCUGCUCGCGCGCGAGAGAAUCUGGAUAAUAAGAUGGUCAAUGGCAGGCGCAUCACUGCGCGCAAUCUUGAUCCUGCUCAGCAAUGUGCCGUUGGCCGCAACUCGGCCGGGCACACGCAGUCAUAUACCCCGCCUCCAGGCACUGGUGGUAUGAAUGCGCCCGCAUCGGCUAUGUCCUAUUUCUCCCACGGCCACCAGAGCCUCCCAUACGAUGACCGUCAAUUCGGUCCGGGCCGGCGUCUGGACCAUGUCUCUAUGAAUGCUAUCGCCCCUCUCCGCCCAGAUCUUUCGCGAAUGCGCAGUGCAGCAACUUCCAUCACCGACGCCUUCGGCCGUGGGCAGCUCGGAGAACCAUUUGAACAAAAGACGGCCACUGACGGUCAAGCUCGCUUCAUUCGUCAUGACGGCCAGACGCCUGAUCCGACCCAGCAACAGCAGCGCAGCGCCAAGCCUGCUAAUGCUCUGCAAACCCCGUCGCCUAAUGACGACUGGCGACACAGGCACGCCGCAUCUGUGAGCGUCGACGCGUACAGCCCGGCCAGCACGUUCUCCAUGUCGACACUGUCGAGCACCUCUGAGCUGCACACACCUGAGUCGGUCACUACCCACGGAAACAGCCACAACUACAACAACAGUGUGCUCAUUCAUAAUCCUGACCAGAUUUGGACUUUUCCGCACGCAUCCAUUGCCGGUCACGGAUCGCCUUUGUGGGCGCGGGGCGAAAAGGACAUUGCUGUCGAAUCUGCCCUUAGUCAGCUGCGCCGUGACAGUCCUCCACUGCAGGCCCAUGACCGAAGCUCUGUUCAUCGCGCCGUGCUUGCGCCUGUCGGUCACGAAAAGACAAACUUUUCCUCGCCUGCGCGGCGUGUCAGUGGCCACGGCUUCACUAUGUCAGCGGCGGCGGUCGCAACAGACGAAGCCAAUACGCUCAGCUUGUCCAACCUCAAGCUUGGCGACUAGAUCCCAGUUCAGUACCGCCACGUUCAGUGUCCACAGGUGCAACACAACCAGACUCGCCGCAAAAUUCAUCGUCCGCGCUCUUAUGCCUACUGCUCUGUGUUACCGUCACUUCGAUAUUUCUGUCAGGUCGCAUCUGGAAAGGACAAGGACGUCUUCCUCUCUCUUCAUCAGCUUUACGACCUCGCAACGCGCCGCACACUCUGCUCUCCCAUCAGCAUUUUGACU